AUGUCCGGCGCGGGGACAACGCGCUGGGAUCAUGGUCGGACGCGGACAGUACAACCCGUUGUGCAACGAUAUCUGGCGAUUGGGCAGCUCCUGUGGGUCGGACAGCCGAAGGCGAUCGCGUUGCUCAGCGUCGAAUACGCCGACGGGACGACUGCUGAUAUAGUGACCGACGGCAGUUGGACGACCGCCGGCGGUCCGAUUCUUUACGACGAUACCCGGCACGGGGAGUUGUACGACGCCCGCGAAGAGAAAGCCGGGUGGAACCGGCCGGGAUUCGUCGCGGACGGCUGGAGGCCCGCGGCCGUGGUCGACGGCAGCGGGCCGCUGUAUGCCCAGAUGAUGCCGCGCGGUCCGGCCGGAGCGCGGGUGCUCGUGGAGUACUGCGAACUGCCAUCCGAUCCGGAACUCGUGCCGGAUAUCCAUCCGUCGAAAAUGAAAUUCAAAAUCGGCGAUCCCGAUUACGCGUCGUUUUACGACAAGUCGAUCAAUAUCCGGCAGCAGAACGGUUACAUUCUUAAAGGCGGCGGGCCGGAGACGUUCGAAUGUCGUUUUUCGUACAAAGGCUUCCAGUAUAUCCGCGUGACUGCGGACGAGGGGUUACCGUCGAGCGGGUCGAAGGCGUUCCGGUGCAUACCGACGUGGCCGACGCCGGAUCGUUCGUCUGUUCGAACGAGACCCAUCCCGACCGACUGUCCGCACCGCGAGAAGCAGGGCUGGACGGCCGAUACCUAUAUGACCGACCAGACGGCGAUCUACAAUUUCGAUAUGGCGGCUUUCUAUGCGAAAUGGGCGACCGACCUGGCCGGUACGGCCGACCGGAACGGCGGACUGUGCACCGUGGCGCCGUCGACCGGGUACGACCAGAGCAUUUCGACCGUGUGGCCGGCCGCCAUCGUGUUCGUGCCGUGGGAUCUGCUGUGCUAUUACGGCGACCGCCGCGUGGUGGAGCGGCAUUACGAAACGAUGAAGCGUUUCGCCGAAAGCAGCCUGCUGCGUCAGGCGGACGGCAAGCCGGAGAUCAUCCGCGAGGUGCUCGGCGAUUGGGUGUCGCCGCACAUGACGCUGGCUGACUCUUUACGGACGGCUUCGCACUACCGCGUCGUGAAAUACCUCGCCGGGAUCGCGCGUUACCUGGAUCGCCCGCAGGAAGCCGAGCGGAUGGACGCCUGGGCCGCGCGGAUCGCCGAGAGUUUCAACCGCGAGUUUUUCGAUCCGGCUACGAAGACCUAUCACGGGGAUAAGCCGACUCCGUACCGCCAGGCGGCGAACGUCGUUCCGCUCGAAUACGGGAUCGUUCCUCAGAGCGACCGGGACGCGGUACAGCGGAACCUGAUUUCCGAUCUGCAGAAGUACGACGGCCGCAUCGGAACCGGCUUCGUCGGUACGAUGGCCCUGAUGGAUCUGUUGCCGCAAGUCGAUCCGGAAUUGGCUUACCGGCUGGCGACCCAGCCCGCCUAUCCGGGGUGGGGCUUUAUGGUGGCCAACGGAGCCAAUACGAUGUGGGAAACGUGGGACGGCUCGGCUUCGCGCAACCAUCCGCCGUUCUGCCUGAUCAGCGGUUAUUUCUACAAGUACCUGGCCGGAUCCGUUGCGUUUCGGAAUAUCCCGGAUUCAAACGUUUCGUGA